GUGUUGCCCUGCCUACACACCUUCUGUGAGCGGUGCCUCAUCAGCUACACCCCGCCAGAAUCUCUCACCCUCACCUGCCCUCUGUGUCGCCAACAGUCCAUCUUGCCCAAGGACGGGGUGUCGGGUCUACAGAGCAACAGCUGGGUGAGGGGGGUGAUGGAAGCCCUGGAGGCCGGCUCUGGACAUGGGCCCUGUGCUGACUGUCACCAUGGCAACCCUUCUGCCAGGUGUCAUCAGUGCCACACCCUCCUCUGUACCACCUGUGCCCGGUCCCAUACCCAGGACUCCGGCAGUGAGACACACAGCGUAGUGAGCCUGGCAGAGGGUGAAGGAGGAGCCUUGGCAGAGAGUAAUGGCUACACAGACGACGACACCACACUGUACUGUCCGUCACACCAGGGUCAGACUCUACGUUUCUACUGCCGUGACUGUGAGACGGCCGUGUGUAGCAGCUGUACUGACAUAGAACACCGAGCACACACCACACUACACCUCACAGAUGCUGUAGACGAACACCGGUCAGCCAUGCAUCAGCUCAUUGAUAGAGUCACCAUGCAGCUGCCAUGUAUGAAGGAAGCCAUAUGUGAUAUCCAAGACGUGUGCCACAGCCUACAGGGGAGGAGGGUGGAGGCAGAGAAGGAAGUACGGAGCUGUUUUGACGCUCUGCACGACCUGUUGGACAAGAGACAAACAGUCCUCAUCAACUCCCUCAACUCUAUUGAAUCGGAGAAGCAAAAGACAUUAGGUAAUCAACUUGAGGAGCUGGAGUCAUGGGUGAGAGGUGUAGAGAGUGGUUGUGAGUUUGUAGAGAAGGCCUUGACCCACUGCCCUGCCAUGGAGGUGGUUCUGGUGAGGAAGCAACUGGGUGAGAGGCUGAUGGAUUAUGCCAACAUGAACGUGCCUCCAGCCCCUCGUGAGAACAGCCACGUUAAGUUUGUGGUUGGCAACAUAGAGCCUCUUAAGACAGCCUUCAUGCACGUGGGCAGCAUCCAGAGCAACAGUGCCGUACCUCACCAGACUAGUGCCACAGGCGAGGCUUUGCGCCAGGUGACUGUAGGUCGUGGGUCAAUUGUAACAGUAGUAACAAGAGACCACAAAGGAGAAAAGGCAACUUGUGGUGGUGCUGAGGUCACUGCUGCCAUGUCAAGAAUCAGUGCGACGGUGCCCCGCCACGGCUCAAACUCCCCACGUGCCUCUUUAUCUCCGCGUGCUUCCAGCAAAAGUCCCUCUGGAUCGCGGGAGGAACUUUGCCAGCCCCAAGUUCUGGAUCUGAACAAUGGGACUUAUGAAGUGGCCUUUACAGUGCAUACAGAAGGAACCUAUUCACUAGAGGUGCUUCUGUAUGGACAGCCAGUCAACGGUAGUCCUUUCACUAUUACCGCUACCGCCGCACUGGAGGAAGACAGCGGCAGCAGCCAACGUUCUGUCCCUCCACACACCUUGCCUAGGCAGACAUCUCACUCUACACAGGUUACCUCAAGAACAUCACGAACGUCACGUAGGCCAAUGUCACACCGUUCAUCAUGCUCUCGUCGCACCAACCCAAUUGAAGAUGACAUGCUCCUCAGAGUCGGACGGAGAGGACGCAACAGAGGCGAAUUUGUCAAUCCUCAGGGUAUUGCAUUCAGCCAUUUCAAAGAUGGUCGGAUUGCUGUAGCUGACUCAAACAACCAGUGUGUGCAGGUGUUUACCAUCACGGGGGAAUGUAAGCUAAGGUUUGGGGUACGUGGUCGUGGCGUCGGCCAGAUGCAGCGGCCAACUGGUGUUUCUGCACUGCCUAAUGGUAACUAUGUUGUGGCAGAUUAUGAGAACAAGUGGGUGUCUAUCUUUGAACCAUCUGGGAAGUACGUCAGCCGUAUUGGUCAUGGCAAGCUGUUAGGUCCCAAAGGAGUUUGUGUCGACCACAAUGGUCACAUCAUAGUUGUAGACAACAAGGCGUCUUGUGUGUGUAUUUUCCAACAGUCUGGGAAACUUCUUACCAAGUUUGGUAACAGAGGAACUGAUGAGUUUCAGUUUGCUGGUCCUCACUUUGCAGCAGUCAACAGCAAAGGGGACAUUGUCAUCACAGACUUCCACAAUCACUGUGUUAAGGUGUUUGACAGUGAUGGGGACUUCUUGUUCACCUUUGGCACAAGUGGAGAAGGGAAUGGACAGUUCAAUGCUCCUACUGGUAUUGCUGUUGAUGCCAAUGAUAACAUUAUAGUGGCUGACUGGGGCAACUCAAGAAUGCAGGUGUUUGACGCUCAAGGUUCCUUUCUGUCAUACGUCAACACCCUGGCUGACCCCUUGUAUGGUCCUCAGGGUCUGACUCUUACACCUGAUGGCCAGAUCUUUGUGGCAGACUCAGGGAACCAUUGCUUCAAGGUGUACAAGUACCUCCAGUGAAGUUAUUCUCCUGCAUCACCAUAUGUAACCAAAUUACAGUACUAUAUUUGUUUGUGUAAUUCAUAUUGGCAAUGGACUAUAGCUACUAUAUAUAUAUAUAUAUAUAUAUAUAUAUAUAUAUAUAUAUAUAUAUAUAUAUAUAUAUAUAUAUAUAUAUAUAUAUAUAUAUAUAUAUAUAUAUAUAUAUAUAUAUAUAUAUAUAUAUAUAUAUACUAAAGAAUAAUUAUGUCAUGUCUUUAGUUGCCUAAGAGUCUUAACUAAGUAUAUUAUAAUGAAAAAAUUUAACUAUGGAAUGCAGUUAUAAGAUUUAUUGAAAUACAGUAACCCUUCAUUUUACUUUACACUUAUCAGUAAUUAAUUCCCAAAAUUAAAAGAAUUCAGUAUCUCGGUAAUAGCUCUUCAUUGUUUACUAUAAUUUACCAUCCCCCAGAAAAUAAAUAAGUUAAUGUAUCACUUAUGUCUGCGUGAGGUUCUGUCACAUGGUUACUGCACCUUUGUGUUAGAGAAGCAACCAGCCAUCACCUCUGUUACUGUGCAGGUGUACAACAGUGAUAAACAGUAAGGCAACUUGACCAAAGAUAAUCGACAAAGCUGUGAGAUACUGUCAUAUGUAUUGUAAACCUGACACUUACUAAAUGAGAAGUAAGAGUGUUGAGAGGUCAAGUUGUAUGCAGGAGGGAAGAAAAUUUAAUGUUUGAAGAAUUUAUUAUACUAUUGUAAAACUCAACACUUGAGUGACCAUCAUGUUCUACAAAAGGUUGAAUGGUUACUGUAUCUUUUAACUUCCUCUUUAUUUGCAUAAGAAGUGUAUUAAGCAUUCCAUUUAAUACAAUACAGUAGCUCUUAUUUUUGUAUCUUACCUUAAGUUAGUAAGCCUAUGUAAUGUUAGAGAGCAGUUAUCAUUAACCCAUAAAUGGUAUUGUUCAGGUUUAAUGUGUAAAACCCCAUGAACUUAACUUAACCCUUGACUCACACCUCACCUCUGGACUCAUACCAAACAGAACCUCACCUCAUCUCACCUCACCUCUGGACUCACACCAAACAUAAGUCCACCUCGUCUCAUCUCACCUCAGGGCUCACACCAAACAUAAGUUCACCUCGUCUCAUCUCACCUCAGGGCUCAGAUCAAACAUAACCUCACCUCACUUCCUGUUCUUGCACAAUAAGACAAUAAUCUUUGGUGUACUGCAAAGUCACUCAUUAUGUGUUCAUCAGAUGUUACAACAGGGGUGAGAACAGCACAUACAGGGGAAGUGUCCUAGACAGUAAUAUACAGGGGAAGUGUCCUAGACAGUAAUAUACAGGGGAAGUGUCCUAGACAGUAAUAUACAGGGGAAGUGUCCUAGACAGUAAUAUACAGGGGAAGUGUCCUAGACAGUAAUAUACAGGGGAAGUGUCCUAGACAGUAAUAUAACUCUGAGAAUAUCACAUAAAGACAAAGAUCUUUAUACCCCUUCGAGAGAUUUUAUUAUUGUGAGGAUUGUCAGGUACAGUAUAUAAGAAUAUAUUUACAGUAAACAUAAUUUUGUUUAAUUGUUCUUCUAUACUUUGGGUUUUGGUAAUGUUUGGUUUGGUCUGUUGUUACAGCACCAGAGAUAAAGUAUUGACCUUCUCUCACUCACCACCAACAUGUUGAUGAAACACUGAAGUUCUCUCACUCACCACCAACAUGUUGAUGAAACACUGAAGUUCUCUCACUCGCCACCAACAUGUAGAUAAAACCCUGAAGUUCUCUCACUCACCACCAACAUGUUGAUGAAACACUGAAGUUCUUUCACUCACCACCAACAUGUAGAUAAAACCCUGAAGUUCUCUCACUCACCACCAACAUGUAGAUAAAACCCUGAAGUUCUCUCACUCACCACCAACAUGUAGAUAAAACCCUGAAGUUCUCUCACUCACCACCAACAUGUAGAUGAAAGAUUGUUGUUGUUGGUUCUCUUGAACACAUUUUUACAGGAAUUAUGAUUUGUUUGUUUUUUUGCAAUUUUUACAUUAUAACAGAAAACUUAGCAGUGAUUAAUGUGAAGACAAGUUUGUGGGAAACAGGUUAAGAUGUUAUAGUCAGUCAGCUGUUGUAUAGAUUCUUAUAGAUUCCACUGCAGCUGUUGUGUUUCAUUUCCGUCUUUUUUAUAGCUUUGGGUUUAAUAUGCAGAUGGUCGCAACUUAUCACAUGGGUGGAGUUGAUGCAGGUUUUGUUUAUCACAUGAAAUCACAUAGUGGUGAAAAAUUUUCACAUCUUCUCUUUCCUUCUAACUAGAUUUUACACAUUGAACCUGUACAGUUAAUUAUCCAGUGAUAAAUACAUGCAUUAUAAUGACACAUGUUUGAGCUGUUCCUGGUAAAACAGGUGAUCAAUAUGUACUGUUUGUGGGUGUAGCAGACUGCCAGCACAACACCUUCAAGUGUCCUCACAAUGGCUGUGGUGCUAAAAUUAUAGCAAGUUUGUAGCUGGAGGAGAUGAGAGGAACAAGACAUAUUAAUGCCGCAAGACAUAUUUAGACAUAUUAAUACUUCAUUCUUAUGUCAGCAAUUACAGGUAUAGCUUUGUUUUAGCGUGCCAUUCUAUGCAUAAGUCGCCGUUGGAAUAUUUUCCCAGUUAUGAUGUUAAAGGGUGUUUGGCAUUGUGGUCCUGUUGACACACCUUCAGUUUUGGCAUAUAAGAGAAAGUUUACUUUGAACAUAAUACAGUUAGCCUUUAUCUUCAUAUCAAGAAGAAACUUAAACUGCCAGUAAUGCAGUGAUCAACACCACAUCACUGCUGAACCUAUAAAAUAUAUUUUUUGUCACUUGAAACCAAUGUAUACAUAACUUAAUACAGGUUGGACCUCGCUAAUCCGGGAAGCUUGGGAUCAGACCGGUUCCGGAUUAGUGAAAAUUACGAACGAUCGAAGCCGAGGGUAAAAAAGGCGAAUUAAUGCAUAAAAUAUACUACUACUGAUACAGUACCAAUACAGCUUACAUCAGCAAAAAUCUAGCUCAGGCUUACUGGACCUCUUUAUGACAGUGUUAGCGCUAUGGUACACGUUUACUGUACUGUGACACAGAAAUAACCAGAUUAGCAGAAAAAAUAAAGAGAAAAUUGUAUAUUAUAGGCCUACUGAUACCUUGAAACAAACGACAGCAAGAUUCAAACACCGUCCCGAACCAAUGAAGCUGCCUGACUAUUGGGUCCUGGAUUAGCAGGGUCAAACCUGUAUAUUAUUGUAAAAUGUUCUCAUGAGUACAGUAACUUUGUCAUUCAUGUGAUUGUUUUAUAUACAGAAAAUUCUUUAUUUUCAUUUAUAAUAUUUAACUUAACUUGUAAGGACAUGAAUAUUCCUUUUCUCUUGUAUUUUAGAUAUAUACUGUACUGUACUGUACUGUACUGUACCCAGUAAUAGUCCAGCACAAUCAUGUCAAAUAAUUAAUAAAUCUCAAUUUUAUUAUAAAAACAAAUGCAAAGACUUGACAAGAUUUUAGCAUAAUUUAUGAGGUGCUCAACCUCCUGCACACAAGUGGAGGCGGAGAGCAAGUUGAACAUUUACGUUAAGAUGAUGAUAAUAGUAGACUUGGUUACCAUGCUCAGACAACCAUUUACUAUGGUACCUCCAGUUGCUUUUUGGUGAUCUCUAUCAGUCUGCUUUUUAGAAUAAGAUGUGUAUGAAUACUAGUCUGAGAUGUAUAGCUUUGUAUAUAUAUAUAUAUAUAUAUAUAUAUAUAUAUAUAUAUAUAUAUAUAUAUAUAUAUAUAUAUAUAUAUAUAUAUAUAUAUAUAUAUAUAUAUAUAUAUAUAUAUAUAUAUAUAUAUAUAUAUAUAUAUAUAUAUAUAUAUAUAUAUAUAUAUAUAUAUAUAUAUAUAUAUAUAUAUAUAUAUAUAUAUAUAUAUAUAUAUAUAUAUAUAUGUGAUUGGUCACUGCAACACAUUUAUUAUCAAGACAUUAUGCAUUUAUGUAUUAUACUUAACACUGAUAUAAUUUGUUUGCUUGAAGAGAAUCUGUGUUGCCAAGAAUCACAUUAAAACUUUUGCUGAAA